ACAACAACAACAACAACAACAACAACAACAACAACAACAACAACAACAACAACACCAAAAAACCUCCCCUUCAACAAGUUUUGUUGAUUAUAAUAAUAUUAAUAACAGCAAUGGUAAUAAUAUUAAUGGUACUACUAGCACUUGUAAUAGUACUAGUAGUAGUAAAAGCAAUAGUAAGGAGAUUUAUAAUGAAAACAACAACAACAACAACAACAACAACAACAAUAGUUUUACAAAUGUACAUAAUAACAACAAUAACAAUAACAACAAUAGGAAAAGGAGGAACAGUCAUAUAUCCUAUGAUACGCCUGAUUCUAAUAAUAUAGAUAAUAAUAUCGAAAGUAAUGAUACUGAGAGUGGUUUUAGGAAAAAUAGUAAAAAAAGUACCGAUAAUAAUAAUAAUAAUAAUAAUAAUAAUAAUAAUAAUAAUAAUAAUAAUAAUAAUAAUAAUAAUAAUAAUAAUAACAAUAAUAGUUGUAAUAUCAAUGGCAAUAUAAAUAAUGGUAAUAGUAAUAACAUAAACAAUAAUAAUUGUAGCAAUAUUGAUUCUACGUUGGCGGACGUAUCAAAGCAUCAAUAUACCAAUCAACACCAACAACAACAAAAUAUUCAACAACAACAACAACAACAACAACAAAAAAACCAACAACAACAACAACAACAACAACAACAACAACAACAAAAUAAUCAGCAACAACAGCAAAAUAAUCAGCAACAACAGCAAAAUAAUCAACAACAACAACAACACCAGCAGCAAAAUAGUCAGCAACAACAAAAUAACCAACACCAACAACAGCUCCAACAACAGCAAUACCAACAAAAACACUAUAAUAAUAAUAAUAAUAAUAAUAAUAAUAAUCAACCACAAACUUCAAACCAAAAUAUACAGCACAGUCAAGGUUUAAAUUAUAAUCAAAACCAAAACCAAAAUCAAAAUCAAGAAGCACCAAUAGUUGUAAAUUCAUUGAUUCUUAGAUCAAUUGGUAUGAUGACAAGUAAAAUAUCAAAAGAUUUUGAAGAAUUAACUACUUUUAUGAAAAGUAGUUGUCCUAUGUUAUUAAGGUUUAGUGGGGUUGAAAAUUCUUAUCAUAUUUUAGAGAAAUUAAACAAUAUAAUUACACAAUCUCUUGAAGGUUUACCAAAAACACCUCAAUGUUCACAACCACCUUUCAAUCAAUUAAUUCCACUUUCUAAUACCACAACUUUAACCCCUAAUAAUUAUAAUAACAAUAAUAACAACAGCAAUAACAAUAACAAUAGCAAUAACAAUAACAAUAACAACAGCAACAAUAACAACAGCAACAAUAACAAUAGCAACAAUAGCAAUAACAACAAUAACAACAGCAACAAUAACAACAGCAACAAUAACAACAGCAACAAUAACAAUAGCAAUAACAACAAUAACAAUAGCAACAAUAACAAUAGCAACAAUAACAACAGUAGCAAUAAUAACAACAACUAUUCAGGUUUUAACGAUCAACAACAACAACAACAACAACAACAACAACAACAACAACAACAACAACAACAACAACAACAACAACAACAACAACAACAUCAACAGCAAAAGCACCAACAAACGCAACACUCGCAACAACAUCAGCAACAAUACCAACAACAUAUACAACAAAACAAUCAAUAUCAACAAAAUCAAAAUAUCACCCAAUCUUCACAAAUUCCACAAUUCAAAUCAAAUAAUAUUCAAUCAUUGAUACAUAAUAACCAACAACACUAUACUCAAAAUAACCUUGUAAAUAAUAAUAAUAAUACUAAUAAUAAUAACAAUAAUAAUAAUUAUAAUAAUAAAACAUAUUACCAACCAUCAGUUCAUGAAAACCAAUAUAUGGCAUCAGCAAUUGCACCUAUUCAUAACCAUCAAUCAUCACCAAAUCCAUUCUAUCAACAAAAACUAACGAUUCCUCAACAAACAAACAAUCAAUCUACUCGUAUUUCAGCACAAUUUAUCAUACAAAAUAUUAAUAAUCAACAAAUUCAAGGUACCUAUAUAAAUUUUAACUCUUGUAAACUUUCAGAUUUUAAACUAUUUGAUCUAUUAGGAAGUGGUUCAUUUGCAAAGGUUAGAUUAUGCCAACAUAUUCCUUCGGAAAGAUUAUUUUGUAUGAAAAUUUUAAAUCAAAAUAAAAUUAUUCGUCUCAGACAAGAAGUUCAUGUUUGUAAUGAAAAACAAGUUUUAAUGUUAACUGAUAAUCCAUUCAUUGUUAAAUUAUAUUCAACAUUUAAAGAUGAUAGAUAUUUAUACUUUUUACAAGAAUUUAUACCAGGUGGUGAAUUAUUUGAUUAUAUUAGAGCAAAUGGAUCAUUAUCAUUAUAUGUUACACAAAUUUAUGCAGCUGAGAUUGUAUUGGCAUUAGAGUAUCUUCAUAAUCAAGAUAUCAUUUAUCGUGAUUUAAAACCAGAGAAUCUAUUAAUCGAUCAAUAUGGACAUAUUAAGCUCACAGAUUUUGGAUUUGCAAAAAGAAUCACAGAGAAUACCAAAAGUAUGUGUGGUACACCAGAAUAUAUUGCACCAGAGAUUCUUAGUGGUCAUGGUCAUGGUAAAUCGGCAGAUUGGUGGUCUUUGGGUAUUCUAAUUUAUGAAAUGUUGGUGGGUGUACCACCAUUCGUUAGUGAAGGUUCUCAAAAUGAUAUCUUUAGGCUAAUUAGAGAAGCUAGAAUUCAAGUUCCACCAGAAGUUGAUCAGGUUGCACGUGAUCUAAUUGAGAAAUUGGUGGUUACUGACGUCGAGAAAAGAUUGGGUAGUUUAGAGGGUGGUAUCGAAGAUAUUAAAAAUCAUCCAUUCUUUGGUGCUAUCAAUUGGAAUAGUAUUCAAAAUAGAGAAUCAGCACCUUUAAAACCAAGAAUUAGACCUUUAAAACAUCAUCUAAUGGAUGAAAGAGAUGAAGAAGAUCGUAUUAGUGCUAAUUUCAUUAAACCAGAUUUACUUGAAAGAAGAAAGAAUGAAUUCUUUUCAAAUUUUUAA